CAAGAGGACGAAGAAAAUGUGAGUGUGACGGAGGAGCCAACACCAUUAUAACACACAUAAUAUUAUAGAAGUUGUGAAGUAUAUAUUUCUGUAAGUAACUUUCAAUAUUGUAAAAGUUGUAUCAUGUAAAACAAUGAGAUGUGCGUCCUAUUUGUAUAUAAAUGAUUCUCACGCAAAGUCCCUUCCAAAUCAAAAGAGUCAACUUUUACUAAAAAUGGCUACGACAAAUCUCAUAGCCACAAGCAACGCCGUCAGAUUCUUCUCCUCCUCCUCCUCCUUAGGCAAUCCAAACCACUUCUUGUCUCGUCGUUUGUCACAGACGACUCAUAGAGACAGAGUCCAAACUUCUUGUUGUUAUCGUAAGAUGUCGUUGGAAGCUGUGAAACCGGUUGUUAAGACUGAGACCACUGGGGGGAUUGGAAUCGUCCGUUUCUUGAGAGGGAAGAGCUAUUUUGUUACAGGUGCAACAGGGUUUCUUGGCAAAGUGUUGGUUGAGAAACUGUUGAGAGAAAGUCCUGAGAUAGGGAAGAUUUUUAUUCUGAUGAAAUCCAAAGAUCAAGAAUCAGCCAUCAAAAGACUCUAUGAUGAGAUCAUCAGCUCGGAUCUGUUCAAGCUUCUGAAGCAAAUGCAUGGGAGCUCAUAUGAAGCUUUCAUGAAGAGCAAGUUGAUUCCAGUAACUGGAGACAUCGGAGAGGAGAAUCUAGGGAUGGAUUCCGAAACAGCAGACCAGAUUAGUGAGGAGAUUGAUGUCAUUAUAAACACUGCUGGACGUACAACAUUCGACGACAGAUACGACGCUGCCCUAAGUGUAAAUUCUCUUGGACCUGAUAGGCUCUUAAGCUUCGGAGAGGAAUGCAAGAAACUGAAACUUUUGCUUCACGUUUCAACUGCUUUUGUGACUGGUAAGAGAGAGGGAACAGUACUAGAGACUCCUCUCUACAUUGGGAAAAACAUAACUUCUGAGUUAAAAAUCGAAAACGAGGUGAAACUAGCUUCAGAAGCUGCAAGAAAGUUCCAUGGCAGUGAAAAAUCCAAGAAACUGAAAGAACUUGGUUUUGAAAGAGCUCAAAGCUAUGGAUGGGAAAAGGCUUACACAUUCACAAAAGCCAUGGGUGAGUCUUUACUUCACAGCAAUCGAGGAGACUUGCCUGUAGUGAUCAUAAGGCCUAGUGUUAUAGAAAGCUCCUACAAGGAGCCUUUCCCUGGCUGGCUCCAAGGAAUAAGGAUGACUGCUCCAUUAAUCUUGGGAAAUGGAAAAGACCAGAUUCCUGACUUGUUUGGAGAUUAUCAAUCUUCUUGUGAUGUUAUACCUGUUGAUAUGGUUGCUAAUGCAAUAAUAGCAGUCAUGGCGAAACAUGGUUGUGGUAAUGUACCAGAGGUCAAAGUUUACAAUGUUACUUCAACAUCUCAUGCGCAUCCCCUGCGAAUGGGCGAGAUUAUGGACUUCUCUUAUCAACAUCUGUGUGACUCUCCACUGACUGAGACCACAACAAAAGUAUUUGAGCUUAUGAAAUUCCACAGUUCCUUAGAGGAGUUCACCUCUUCUGUUUCCAAAGCAAUAAGGAAACAAGAAAGAGCGAUGAAGAAUGGAGAAGAAGAAGCAGAGUCACAUACCACAUUGAGCAUGAAGGGGAAGAGGAAGCUAAAGUAUUUUGUGUCCUUAGCAAAAACAUAUCAGCCUUACAUGUUCUUUCAAGCUCGGUUUGAUGACACUAAUACAAGGAGUCUGCUAAAUGAGUUGUCAGUGGAAGAGAGAAAGAUGUUCGAGUUUGAUGGCAGUUGCAUUGAUUGGGAGCAUUACUUUAUCAACAUUCAUCUUCCAGGUCUCAAAAUGGAACUCUUUCGUCAAAUAUCCAGUUAAAAAGAGUGAUUUAAGAGACAAACUGAUGCAACACAUCCUUAUCCAGUUAUGUGUUGGUGUUUGAUGUGUUCUCCAAUUUAAAUUGGUUUAUAUGUUUUCUUUUGCCCUAAAAAGUGUUGUUUCCGUUUUGUUAAGUUUGUUUAUAGCUUUAGAAAAUGUUAGAAACUAUGUAGGAAACCAAUGAAUCUUUGUUUUUUACAUUCAAUAGUGUUUUUGAAAUUUUUUAAUUAAAA